CUAAAACAGUAUUAUUUCCUUAGCAGCCCGAUGCUAAAUAAGUAUUCACUCGCGCUAAACUAUCAAAAUAGUGAUUUAUAAAAUGAAUUUUCGUUAUCAUUCUCGCGAGAGAGAACGACAUAAAACGAGACUAUGAGCAAAGCAGCAACUCAAUCAGAGCCAGUCUUUAUCACUACGUUGGCAAUUGCCUAAUUUUCAUGUGUCAAGUGAGAGUCAACUGCAGCUUGCUAGCGGUUUAGAAAUCCAUGUGAACUGUCACUAGCGUGAAGGACGACACUAUUUUUCAGGCGAGUGAAUGCAACUCAAAUCACUAUUUACCACGUGCUGCAUUCAGGUGUUUCAAAUUCACUGCACGAGAAGUCCUCGCGACCAAGCAUGUCUGACAAAACGCAGCUCGCGAAUGGCAACUGGAGACUGAAUUACACCACGGGGGAUUUGUUCUCCUGUCCCACGGACGAGACGCUGGCUCACUGCAUCAGUGAGGACUGCCGCAUGGGGGCAGGCAUCGCGGUGAUGUUCAAGCGGAGGUUCAGUGGGGUCGAGGAGCUCAAGGGACAGAAAAAGCUUGUGGGGCAGUGUGCUGUGCUGAAGAGAGGACAACGUUUUGUGUACUAUUUGAUCACCAAGAAGAAGGUGAGCCAAAAGCCAACCUAUGACAACUUGAGACGGAGCUUGGAGGACAUGAGGGAGCACUGUAUUAAAAAUGGAGUCACCCGGAUUUCAAUGCCUCGUAUUGGCUGUGGCCUGGAUCGACUGAAGUGGGAAAGAGUUUCAGAGAUAUUGGAAGAGACCUUUGCGGCCACGGAUAUCUCCAUCACAAUCUACAGCCUCCCUGUAAAAACAGAGACCUUGGUGAUGAAGGAAAACACAUCCAGAUGAUUCUUGGAAAUGUGUUUUUGCAGUACUUGUGUUUGUUUAUCUACAUUAUUUUACCCUCCUUCAUAUUAAAGAAUAAGUCAUC